AUGUUGGUGAAAACGAAACAGAGAAUUCAAACGAUAUUGAGCUCAGUGCAGGGGCGCGAGCGCGACGAGAGUGCCAGACGCGGCGGCGGCGGCCUCGUGCGCCGACUAGACCGCAUAAAUAGGGAAGAUGUGGCGGUCUACGCGCUUGGCCUUGUGAAAUUUGGAUAUUAUACUGUAUUGGUAUGUGUCUUGAGUCUUGACAAGCAAGUUCCGUGUGUUAGGCGCGGCAGGCAGCAUGGCGGGCGGCAGACGCCCACGGCCGGGCGCGGCAAAACAGGUUUCCUCUCACCGUUGCCGCGCGCUGACCCAAACUCAACAAAAUCUAAUACGAAUUACUGCGACGCCGCU